AUGCCUGAUUAAUUUGCUAAUGAUAUUCAAAAAACAAAAGAUAUUAAACUUGAAUCUCUUAGCAAUAUUUAUUCUAAUUAUUAAAAAUUCUAACCAUUAUCAAAUAGAAAUGAAGUUGAAGUAAUCUAAUGGCGUGAUCUGAAUAAUGAUUUUGAAUAAUUGAUAUUUAAAACUGAAAAUAAUUGA